AUGUGUACCGGCCUCCCCGCCUACCGUGGCUGGCGGCUGCUGUGCACUUGUGGUCUCGCCCCUCGCUCGCGGACGGCGGACAUACCCCGUCUCGGUUCUAAAACACGGCCGGGCGCCUGGGCGGCCGUUCUCCCGACAUCUUCGUCCGGGUCAUUGGGUCAGCCCCUAUCCUUCGUCUUCACGGCUUCACCUGCUUCUCCACUCCGCGCCCCGCCCCCGCCCCGCUCGCCGUGCGUCAGAUCCGUCGCACGGCGCUUCCCGCACCCCUGCGCCAAGCCCAAGGUGAGCGGGCGGCGGCGCGUGCGCAGAUCAUGCUUGCAAGAUCUUGGACUGGGAUGUUAUCUUAUGAAGAUUAGUAAGGGGAGAAAGAAGAUGAGGAACAAACAGAGAAAAUCAUCUGCCCUCGGUUCUGAUGCAGGAUAUGGAUCUUCUUUAUCCUGUAUUAUAUGGAGCUUGGUGGGUUUUGGUCUUGUUGUCUGCUUCCUUUCCCUUAAACAUCAAGCAGACAGUGGGCAGACCCAUGUUUAUUUCAGUCCUCUACAUGCGACCAGACAAUUAGAGGACAUCGAAGAGGAUCAUUUCCGCUUGCCACCUCCUCACAAGGUGAAUCCUCGUGCAGUGAAAAGGAGGGGACCUCGUAAACUACCAAAGGUUAUAGAUGAUUAUCUGGAGGAGUCUUCAGCAGUACAUGCACUAUUCUUCCCUGAUCAAAGGACUGCUGUGGAUCCAACAAAAGGGGAAAAUGAUAGCAUGUAUUUUUAUCCUGGUAGAGUGUGGCUGGACACUGAUGGAAACACCAUUCAAGCCCAUGGUGGUGGGAUUAUGUAUGAUCACCAGACUGCCAAAUUCUAUUGGUAUGGAGAAAACAAAGAUGGACCAACAUACCAAGCUCGCCCCAAAGGAACACAGAGGGUUGACAUCAUUGGGGUAAGCUGCUACUCAUCGAAAGACCUGUGGUCGUGGACUCAUGAAGGAAUUGUGCUUCCUGGUGAACCUACUAAUGUCACCCACGACCUUCAUAAAUCAAAGGUGCUUGAGAGACCUAAGGUGAUAUAUAAUGAUCACACUGAAAAAUAUAUCAUGUGGAUGCACAUCGAUGAUGCUAACUACACCAAAGCAUCUGUUGGUGUGGCCGUGAGCAACUCUCCGACUGGACCUUUUACUUACCUUUACAGCUUUCGUCCACAUGGUUUUGAGAGUAGAGACAUGACAGUCUUCAAAGAUGAUGAUGGAAUGGCUUACCUCUUCUAUUCUUCUCGUGACAAUACUGAGCUCCACGUUAGCCCAUUGACAGAGGACUAUAUUCAGAUCACAGCAGCAAUGAAGAGAAUACUAAUAAGGCGACAUCGUGAGGCUCCGGCUGUCUUCAAGCACCAAGGGACCUACUACAUGAUCACCUCUGGUUGCUCAGGCUGGGCUCCCAACAGGGCAUUGGCACAUGCUGCAGAGUCUAUCAUGGGCCCAUGGGAGACACUGGGAAACCCUUGUGUUGGAGGCAACAGGUGGAGUCCGUCAAACUUGAGAGACUCCCGGUAUGUUUGGCUUCCACUUUUCGUUGGAGGGCUGGCAGAUGAACCUUUAGACUACAGCUUUGGAUUCCCUUUCUGGUCAAGGGUGUCAAUUUAUUGGCACAAGAAAUGGCGCCUCCCAGAAGAUUGGAAGAUUUCAAAUGCAGCGAGUACAUAA